AUCAUUUGUUCAUUUGGCGUAUUGUAUUACUUGUAUUGUUGACUAUAUCAUCCCUCAUUGGUUUCUUAGGAUAUAUUAAAUUUUCAUUGACAGAAUCAGUCAGACCAGUUCGAAUAUCUAGUUGGGUAUUUUAAAUAUUAAUAAAGUUAUUAAUAAAUGCUGCAACUGAAAAAGGCUAUUUAAUUCUUUUAGUCAAUAUUUUGUCUUCAUAAUACAGACAAUAUUUAAAACAUUAUAAAAAUGUUGCGCAGUAGUACUACUAAACUUUCAUCAGCUCUAGUGAGACAUAUUUCUUCAUCUUAUCAGAUGAAUAAACAAUUUGAAAUAAAUAGUAAUAGCGAAUUUGUUAGUAAAGUAAUGAAUAGUUCAGUACCAGUUAUUGUAAAUUUUCAUGCAGAGUGGUGUGAUCCUUGUAAGAUCCUAACACCCAAACUAAUCGAGCUUAUAGGACCAAUGGAUAAAUUAGAUCUUGCCAUUGUGAAUCUAGAAUCAAAUCCAGAAUUAGUACAUAUUUUUGAAGUAAAAGCUGUCCCAGCUAUUACAGUAAUUUCAAGUGGAUUGGUUGUUGAUAAGUUUGUAGGUUUAAUUGAUAUAGAUAUCAUAGAAAAUUUAAUACACAAACUUACCAAUACUUCUCCAAAUUCUGAAAAUGAUAAGAGACCAAAUGAAACAUGAGUAUUUUACAUAUUAUUCAAAGUAAUAAUUAAAUAUAUUUUUAUUCUAUUGUGCUAUAUAAUUCUACUUCUCUUAAUUUUUCAAAGAGCAAUAGUAAAACAAGAGCAGCGCGAUUGUGCUGCGUGGUAUUUAAACGAUUAAAAGAAAUAUUUUAUUACAUGUUUAAAAUGCAACUUGUGAAGUUGCAUGAAAAAGAAAGAAUAAUUAUGUUAAACUAUAACAAAUUUUAUUAAAAUUGUGAAUAAAUCUAGUUUACAAGAAGUAUAUUUACUAUUAUAAUUUAAACAUAAUUAAGGUUUUGAAUUAAUACCGGGAUAAAACAUACGAUUGUAAUUUCAAAAAAGAUAACAUGUUUAUUAUUCAUCAUUUUUUUUUUUUUUUUAAUAAUAAUUUGUUAAUUAUUUUACAAACUCUUAAUAAUGUAUUAUAUGUAUUAGUAAUAUUAUAACAUGAUUAUAAAAUGAUUUUUUAAACUGAUUGUAUGUUACAUAGUACAAUGUUAUAAUAAUUAGUAUUAACGGCCUUUUUUUUUAUUUUACGAAGUCGCCACACUAGCAGUAUUUAUUAAACUAAUCCUAAUGUUAAAACUGAAGUAUAUUUCAAGGAACUUACUUUCUUUGCAUAAUUGCUAUCACUACUUAAAUAUCUCUUAGUAGAGUACAGCUAAUAAGAUUAAUUUGUUUCAUCUGAAUAAAAUUCAUUGAAAGCACAUUAUGCAACAAAGUUAACAAUGGCUUAUUAUUAAAUAAUGAAUGUAAACCUAAAAACGAUAAACUGUGACUGAUGUAGGAAUUAUGAACAAAUUGUUAUUUAAUCUAGCUUCUACUUUAGGUUUAUUUCAACUUGCGAAACAAUUCUGUACAAUCUAUGUAUGAAAUUGUUACUGAAAAUAGAUAGUAGGCCUAAAACAUAAUAAAAGUAAUUUAAUCCAUGUA